AAGGCGGAAGUUAGCUAAAGGCUCCAAAACAGACGUCAGACAAAGGACAAGAACGACGUUAAGUUACAAACAUUGAAAAUGUUGAAAGAGUUGGUGAAGGAGCGACUCAUGGCGGCGGCCGAUGAAAUAUUCGCGCUGUUUGAAAGAACCAUCGCGUCGUACGAGGAGGAACUUUCUAGAAGCAGAGAGGAGAAGGAGCGACAUCGACAACAACUGGAAGCUGUUUGCAAAACUCACAUUACAUUUCAAGUGGAAGACGCCCAGCAGCUGAUUGGUCGCCGAGAAGAACUUCCCCUCCGGCCGCAUGCGGGGAUCUCCACCUUGCAGCAAGAAGAUCCACAGCCCCCGCACAUUAAAGAGGAAGAGGAGGAACUCUGGGCCAGUCGGGAGGGAGAGUGUCUCCUCGGACCCGAGGAAGCCGAUCUCGCCGAGUUGCCACUGACUGUGAAGAGUGACAAUGAUGAAGAGAACCCGCGGACGGAUAACCUCUUUGCUCCGCUGUCGGAUAGCGACGACCUGACGUCGCUCUUUCCUGAAGACGAAGACCGGGACGAUGCCCGACACGUUCUGAGCAGCGACACAGACUGCGAAGCCGAUGUCAGGACUCACGCUGGCAACAAACACUCCAAAUGCCCUCAAGAGACGACCGGUAAACAAUCCUGGACAUGCUCCUUUUGUGGCAAAAUAUUUCCCUUCGAGAGUAGCUUGACUCGCCACAUGCGCACGCACACGGGGGAGAAACCGUUUGGCUGCUUUGUGUGCGGCAGUGCAUUUUCCCAACGGUCCACUUUAAAGAGACACAUGAAGACGCACGCGGGAGAAAAACCUUUCAGUUGCUCAGUUUGCGAUAAAAGGUUCUCUGACAAGGCCAACAUGGUGUCCCACAUGAGAACGCACACGGGCGAGAAACCGUUUCGAUGCUCCGUUUGUGGCAGAGGGUUCUCCGUCAAGUUUAAUAUGGUCUCACACAUGAGAACGCACACCGCAGAACAACCUUUUAGUUGCUCAGUCUGACAAAAGUUUCAUUUAAA